AGAAUUUGGUGUUCUAGGUGAAUCAGUGUGCUGUGACAAUGAAGUUGAUUUUUGGUUGUCUUCUGGCAGUUGCCUUGCUUGGCUGUCUGGCUGAUGCUCAAUAUCCCAUUAAGCAGAAGAACCAGCUGCCUCCGCAGAGGCCCGUGGUGCUUCCGCAGAAGCCCGUGGUGCCUCAGCAGAGGCCCCAGCAGACUCAGCAGAGGCCCGAGCAGACUCAGCAGAGGCCCCAGCAGACUCAGCAGAGGCCCCAGUUCAGCAAGACGCCCGAGCAGACCCCAGAUUCAUUUCACAAAUGUGAGGUUGAAGAUCGCUUCAAGAUACAGUGUGGAAUUCGUGGCACCGAUUCUGUAGAAUGUUCUGACAUAAACUGCUGCUUUGAUGGAGGCAUGUGCUAUUAUGGCAAAUCUGUGACUCUUCAGUGCACCAAGGAUGCCCAAAUGAUUGUGGUGGUGGCAAGAGAUGCCACGCUACCCCAUAUCGACUUGCCGUCAGUUAGUUUCCUUGGAGACGAGCCAAUGUGCGAGGCUGUUGGUGUCACUUCAGCUUUUGCCAUCUACCAGUUCCCUCUCACUGCCUGCGGCACAUUAUUGAUGGAGGAGCCCGGCGUUGUUAUCUAUGAGAACAGGAUGUCCUCCUUAUUUGAAGUCGCUUUGGGACCCUACGGAGUAAUCACCAGGGACAGCCAAUAUGAGCUGCUUGUACAGUGUAGAUAUUACGGCACCGCAGUUCAGGCUCUGGUCGUUGAGGUUGGCGGUCUUCCUGCACCACCCCCAGUUGCAGCUCCUGGACCUCUGCGUGUGGAGCUGAGGCUGGGCAACGGACAGUGUACUGCCAAGGGUUGUUUGGAAGAAGCGGUCGCCUACAACUCCUUUUACGUGGAUUCUGACUACCCCGUCACAAAGGUGCUCAGGGACCCUGUGUACGUUGAAGUCCGAAUUCUGGAGAGGACUGAUCCCAACCUUGUCUUGACUCUUGGAAGAUGUUGGGCAACUUCUAACCCCUACCCUCAUAGUUUUCCUCAGUGGGACUUGCUGAUUGAUGGCUGCCCAUACAGUGAUGACCGUUAUCGUACCGCCCGGAUCCCUAUGGAUCUCUCACAAGAUGUCUCGUACCCAACCCACUACAAACGUUUUGUUUUCAAGAUGUUCACAUUUGUAGCUCCUGAACUUGCCACUCCAGGCAAGGGAACUCCGAAAGAUCAAAGCAAGGGAGGUGCAGAUCCACAGAUUAUGGUUCCUCUCAACGAAAAGGUGUAUAUCCACUGCGACACAGCUGUGUGCCAACUCACUAUUAACAAUUCAUGUGAAGCCAGAUGCUCAAGAAAAAGGAGAGAUGUUGCUGCAUCAAGCCUGGCAGGUACCAGAGAGGAGACCACAUUGGUUAGCAGUCACGAGCUUAUCAUCGUCAAUGAACGCAAGAGUCUGCAGUAAUAGCAUGCAUACAGAACUGUAUCAUGUUAUAAAAGUGAUCGAGUUUCAAAUAAAUCUCUAAAUUGCUGAA